AUGGGCACGCACACAGCCACUUUCAACAUCGCGCCAUUUGCGUUUAUCCCUCCCAACAUCGCGCAACGCAGAUUGUGCUGUCGUCGACGAGCUGAUUGGCUCAUCCCUCGACUCUGUCGUCUCGUGUUGGUACCCCCUCCCCCCGACGACAGCGCGCCGAUCGCAGCCCCGCCCGCCUCGAGGCAACCCGCCGUUUCGUCCCCAUCGCCGCAUCGCGAGUCGCCGCGCAGCUCGGCUGACGUGGACGAGGCCUACCCUGACGUGUCCUCGCUCUCAAUUGGCCUGGCAAACAGCACGAUCCCGUCGCUGGAGCAUGCUGACGUGGAAGUGGUGGUUCCCAGGCGAGCGGGCGACGAGCACGAAGCGGGGGGGAGUGGGCGGGGAGGGGGAGGCGGAGAGGGGGAGGAAGGGGCGGAGGGGGGCUUUGCGAGCAUGGAUGCGAUGCUGCAGUGGGCCAUAGAGCGGUCGGACCCGGAGGCGUUGAGGCAGAGAGCCAAGGAGGUGGCGGAACUCACACCCGCGGAGCUGGAGGAGAAGCGAAAACACAUCCGCGACGUGGUGGACGCCAUGCGCAUGCCGUCCCCCGGCGACCUCAUGCGCGCCGCCAUCGCCCACAUCGCCCCCGCUGCUGCUGCUCAUGGGGGGGCGCCAGGGGAGCAAGGGGGAGGGGAGGAGGAGCAUGAGCGCGUGGUGGGGGCGCUGCAGGAGCUGGCGCAGCUGGUGGAGCCCGUGCAUGCCGCCAACGAUCUGCACAAGCUGGGCGGGCUGGCACCGUUGGGGGUGCUGCUGGCGCAUGGGAGCAGCCAGGUGCGCAGCAUGGCGGCGCUGGUGGUGGGCAAGGCGGCACAGAACAACCGCCAAGUGCAGCACCAGGUGAUGGGCACCGGUGUACUCCAAGCACUCUUCACGCGCCUGCACUCACCGCACCCCAACCCCCCGCUGGGCGAGGACGAGCACGCCAGGCUGCUCUUCGCCCUCUCUGCUGCCAUCCGUGGCCACGUGGCAGCCACCCAUUGGUUCUACCGCCACGGUGGUGUGGCCCUGCUGGCGCGCCUGCUGUCCCUGCCAUCCUCCCGCACGCAGCGCCGGGCGCUCUUUCUGCUCGCUGACCUGGCGGAUAGUGCAGGGGCGCGGGCAGGGGGUGGGGGGGAGGGUGGGGACGCGGAGCGAGAGAAAGAGGGGGUGAGAAUUGCCAAAGGGUUGAAGGGUGAGGGGGACAGUGAGGAGGCAAAUAUGGGGGAGAAGCAAGGAGGGGAGGAACAGGGGGAGGAGGAGCAAGGAAGAGAAGAGUGGUUGGCAGAUGAGGCGCUGAUGAGGGCAGUGGUGGGGCUGCUAGGCGGGGGCGAGGGGGAGAGUGUGGAGGGGCGGGGGGCAGUGUGGAGGCGCAGUGAGGACGGCAGCAGCACGUGGGACCUGGACAUGGUGGAUAAGGCAGCAGCAGCGCUGCACAGCCUGCUGGCCGCCUCCCCCGCCACGCGCCGAGUGCUGCUUGCAUGCUGCCGCCCCGAGCUGGCAGUGGAGCGCGUGAGGGCCGCGCUGCAGGCGCAUGUGGGGGAGGUGCAGCGGGGGGGGGACGAGGCGGAGUAUGAGCAGGAGGUUGUGGGGCGCCUGGCCUCACUGCUGCUCGCCCUGGAGGCAGCUAGGGGAGGCGCUGAUGCUCGGUCUCAGUAG